AUGCCGAGAAAAACUGAGGAUGAGGCCAAGGAGCUACAAUAUGUUGAUGGGAGGAGGAGUUGCUGCUGGCAGCUAGCGGCAAAGGGAACUUUUUCAGGGCUGGACUUCAUCGUGGGACAGCUCAGGAGACUUCUGCAGCCCUAUCCCUACAUCCAGUCUCCGUACGCUGAUGUCUACAGGCCUCAAGGGUACAUGCAGCCAGCGCAGUAUCCACUGUAUCCCUAUGAAUCAGGGUCAUCCUAUCAAGACAUCAAGGUUGCAGACGUCCUUGCUCUUUCUUCGCCCCUUAAGAUUGAGCAGCCGAUGUAUGAAUGGUACGGGCAAGCAAACGUGCGAAGAGGGAGGGGACCUAGUUUACAGCUCAAAGACAGAAAGCGACUGAGGGCACAGAGUUUGCGGCUGACGAGCUCGACACCUGGGAAAGCUCUAUAUGCGGGGUUGCACGAGAGCUGGGAGACUGUUGGACACUCCAACAACUACAUGGGAAUGACAGAGCCCAUUAGGGAGAACAACCCCCUUGGACAGCAUGUCGUUGGCGCUAGCGAUCGGGUUGUGCCCUACUCCGACGUUGAGUCCGCAUCGCAGAACGAUGUGGUGGACCCUGCGCUGAGGUACAUGUGGAGGGCGUUCAGUGGCCAACGGAAUCCGGAGUAUCCUUCCCCCAUGAUCGGACGCUCGAUGGACGCGCAGGUUCGCUGCGACCAAGAAGCCUCGUCGGAUCCGCACCUUUGUGAUGGAGCUGCCUUCUCCUUCAACCCUGUCUCAUCGCUCCACACCGACACUCGAGCGCUGGAGGCUGAACGGAAGGCGGAGGAACAAGACAAGAGAGUCCCCACGAUCGGGCGUAAGGGAGAUCUCAUUGUUCCGUGCAACGAUCCCGCUGGCUGUGGGGAUGACGCCGAUUGGCAUCGGUUUGCUCCCAAGAAGACAUCAGCUCCUUCAGGGCCUUCAGAACCAGAUCCUGCAUGGCUCAAGGACCUUCGGAAUGUAUCGGGGUACAGCGGGCCCUGAGAGGGGAACAUGUAGAUUAAGUUCACCUUGUAUGAUAACGAGGCUUGUCAAGACAGAAGUCGAGGAG